AUGUUUCCCCAGGGGCGACACCCGACGCCCCACCAGGCUCCAGGCCAGCCCUUCAAGUUCACCAUCCCAGAAUCACUGGACCGCAUCAAGGAGGAGUUCCAGUUUCUUCAGGCACAGUACCACAGUCUCAAGAUGGAGUGUGAGAAGCUGGCCAGUGAGAAGACGGAGAUGCAGAGACACUAUGUCAUGUACUAUGAGAUGUCUUAUGGCCUCAACAUUGAAAUGCACAAACAGACUGAGAUUGCCAAGAGACUAAACACCAUCUGUGCACAAGUCAUUCCCUUCCUCUCACAGGAGCAUCAACAGCAGGUGGUCCAAGCUGUGGAGCGAGCCAAACAAGUGACCAUGGCAGAGCUCAAUGCUGUCAUCGGGGUACGUGGACUGCCAGGCCUUCCACCUACACAACACCUAUCCCAACACCACGGUGGUGCCCCCGUGCCCCUCACCCCUCACCCUGCCGGCCUGCACCCCUCUCAGCUGGGGGGUUCAGCUGGUCUCCUGGCUCUAUCUGGAGCACUUGGUGGUGUUCCUCCACACAUGUUGGGAAAAGAAAUGGGUGAUAAAAAGCCCCACAUGUCCGGAGCAGACAUGCACCCUUCAGGACCCGAGCACCUGAGAGACCGAGAACCCGGCACAAGUAACUCAUCGCUGCCAGAAAGUCUCAGGAACUCAGAUAAGCGACGAAACGGACCCGAUUUUCAAAAUGACUCCAAGAAACGCAAGGUGGAGGACAAGGACUCGAGCCACUAUGACAGCGACGGGGAGAAAAGCGAUGAUAAUUUAGUGGUGGAUGUAUCGAAUGAGGAUCCAGCCUCCCCUCGCGGCACACCUAUCCCCUCCCCAAGAGAAAAUGGCCAUGAUAAAGCCCGUCUUCUCAAGAAAGACCCCAGUAGUCCAGCCUCUACUGCGUCCUCAGCCAGCUCCUCCUCCCUCAAGUCCAAAGAGAUGGCAAUGCGAGACAAGGCAGGCACACCUGGGUUAAAGUCAAGCACGCCCACACCAAGAGGUGACUCCACCCCUGGUCCCAGCUCCACCGCUGGAAUCCGGCCCAGUCUAUCAAAACCCCCGUCCAUGGAGAUGCCACAUCCAGCCACUGCAGGUUUGAGGACCCCUCUUGCUGUACCCGGCCCAUACCCGGGUGCGUUUGGUAUGUUGCCUCACGCAGCGGCGAUGAACGGGGAGCUGGCAGGAGCAGCCGGAGCCGCGGCCUACGCUGCUGGACUGCACAACAUGUCCCCUCAGAUGAGUGCAGCAGCUGCAGCCGCUGUGGCAGCGUACGGCCGCUCACCCAUGGUUGGUUUUGAUCCUCAUUCUCACAUGCGAAUGCCUCCCAGUCUGACAGGAAUCCCUGGCGGCAAACCGGCUUAUUCUUUUCACGUGGCAGCGGAUGGCCAGAUGCAGCCGGUACCUUUCCCCCCGGAUGCUUUGGUUGGCCCAGGGAUUCCUCGCCACGCCCGUCAGAUCAACACACUGAACCAUGGAGAGGUGGUGUGCGCCGUUACCAUCAGUAACCCCACCCGACACGUUUACACAGGAGGGAAGGGUUGCGUCAAGGUCUGGGACAUUAGUCACCCCGGAAACAAGAGCCCAGUGUCGCAGUUGGACUGUCUGAACCGAGACAAUUACAUCCGCUCUUGUCGUCUCCUGCCUGACGGUCGCACGCUGAUAGUGGGAGGUGAGGCGAGCACGCUGUCAAUCUGGGAUUUGGCCACGCCCACUCCCAGGAUUAAAGCGGAGUUAACAUCAUCGGCGCCGGCAUGCUACGCUCUGGCCAUCAGCCCCGACUCCAAGGUCUGCUUCUCCUGCUGCAGCGACGGAAACAUUGCAGUCUGGGAUUUACACAACCAGACACUGGUUAGGCAGUUCCAGGGCCACACAGAUGGAGCCAGCUGUAUUGACAUCUCCAACGACGGCACCAAGCUGUGGACCGGAGGCCUCGAUAACACCGUUCGCUCCUGGGAUCUGAGAGAGGGACGGCAGCUGCAGCAGCAUGACUUCACAUCACAGAUCUUCUCUCUCGGCUACUGUCCGACAGGAGAGUGGCUCGCUGUGGGGAUGGAGAGCAGCAACGUGGAGGUCCUUCAUGUCACCAAGCCUGACAAAUACCAGCUCCACCUGCAUGAGAGCUGUGUGCUCUCCCUGCAGUUUGCCUCCUGUGGUAAAUGGUUUGUGAGCACAGGAAAGGACAACCUGCUGAAUGCGUGGAGAACACCCUAUGGAGCCAGCAUAUUCCAGUCUAAAGAAUCCUCCUCGGUGUUGAGCUGUGACAUAUCUGUGGACGACAAAUACAUUGUCACUGGUUCAGGGGACAAGAAGGCCACUGUUUACGAGGUCAUCUACUAAAACUACGAAAAAAGAGAGCAAGGACAUUUGUUCUUUCCAACACAUCCGAUAUGUUUCUAUACAUUUUCAAGUGGAAAUCAUAAACAUGAGUGACCUCGAUGGCACAUUCUGUUUACUGUUACAACUGCUGAGGAGACGCAGAAAGGAGACAAACAUUUUACACGCACAUAUCUGUUGUGUAUGUAAACAUGACUCCAUAUCAGCUGGGAAUGAACUGGAGCAGCUGGGUGUUUAAUCGAAGGAGAGGAACUAUUUGGAUGUUAUCGUCUCUGCUGCUUUCUGCUACACGCUGCACUGGAAUCAGUUACAGGGACCAAACAAUCACUGAACCAAACGCAUUGUUGUGACUGGGACCAGCUCUCUGGAGCACUGACCUUUAGAUUUUUAAACACUUGAUUCGGUGUCACGACAGCGGGCAGAGACCCUAGAAUGAACACUCAAAACAGAUGCUUGAAUAUGGAAACAAAUGGCAGACGGAAAGAGGAGAAUGUGGACCGGAACUGACAGAAAUAGAGAGACGGAGGAGGACAGAACAUGUUGGUUUGUAUUUUGUUGCAAACAGACCUCUCUCACAGCCAGUUCAUCUCUCCGCUUUGACUCUUUGACAUUAGAACCUCAGUUUGCUGUUUGGAUACGCCUACACUGUCUGAAAAGAACUGUUUCUGUCAGUGAGACCUCACUCACUAAACUGCACUGUGGAGGAAGCUGUCCACCUACACGCUGGGCACACACACACACCAUCACUGUUUAAACACACUGAACCCGCUGACCUGUCUAACAUCAGUCUUUUACAAUCAAUUGUUUUUUGUGAAGGGUUAUUUUGAACCUCAUGAGGCAAAGUAUGUUUUCAUCAUUCUUACCCAUUUUAGACGCCACCAUACACAAAAUAAAUGGCUUACAAACUAAAUAAGCUUUCAAGCAUGUUGCUACAGAGGGCAAUUGGUGCAAAACUGGAAGGAAAAACAGUUACGUCGAUUUAAUAAAUCCUCAAAUUGCAUUGAUCGACUUUGUUAUGCUUUACAGGAGAACCACAGCGCGUUUCAUCAGAUGCACAUGACGGCCCCAGCUUUACUCCAACUAUUACUGAAUUGACCAGGAAACAUUUCAGACCCUCAGAAUUGAUAAUUGGUCUCCUGUUUGAUUUACAAAUCAAAUUGAUAUUGUUUAUUGUCCCCCUGCUGCAGUUGAAUUGCCUGUGUUCCCUUUCACCAUAGGUUCAUUGGUUUAGUCUAUAAUGAUUAAAAGGAAAAGAUAAUGUAAAAUGCCCCAUUAAUUUAAAACAUUAUCACUCUUUCAAACACAUGAUGUCUUACUGUAUGGAUGGUUGACCACGCUUCAUAAACAGGGACCAACUACUUCUAAGAAGAUCCUCUUGACAAGUGAAUUAACCUUGUGUUCAAACAAGUGAAAAGUCCUGGCUACCAUCCUCACAUUGCCUUUUUUUCUUUUAAUACGGUUUCUGUUAAUUUUCUUGAAUGUGGUACACUUGUGAAAUUGCCUUGAAAAGUUCAACUGUCAUGUUUUGUCUUUACAAAAUUGAGGAUAACAAGCAACAAUCAAUUAUUUGUCCAGAUGGAUCUACAGAGAGAGAGUCAGUUAUAUUUCAGCUUCAGGAAGGAGUUGCAGACAUUUGAAACUCAUUAAUGUCAUGACCUUGUGCUUGGGUUGUUUUUCAGUUUCUUCUCUGUUGAAUGUUUGUAAAAAUGUAUAUAUGUUUUUUUUCUUACAGGACAUGCUUUAGAAAUAACAAACUGUUUUUGUACGUCUUUUACAUGGAAAAGAAACAUCUAAUCAGGAGAAAUACUAAAUGGUCUUAAUGCUAGCUAAUCUAAAAUGAUUGAAAUAUCUAGACAAUAAAUGUGUUUUUUUGUAA